AGAGUGCUGGAGGGGCUAGCAGCCUCAGGCCUGCGUGCCAUCAGGUAUGCUGCGGAGCUGGAAGGUGUGCGCGAGGUGGUGGCAAACGACCUGGACCCCUCGGUCGUGGAGAGCAUGAAGCGCAACAUCGAGUUCAACGGCGGCGUGGCGAAGCAGAAAGUGACGCCCAGCGUGGGCGACGCGCGGCUCGCGUGCCUGCAGAACAUGGGGCUGUUUGAUGCUGUAGAUCUGGACCCGUAUGGCAGCCCCUCCAAGCUGCUGGAUUCGGCGGUACAGGCGGUGGCAGAGGGCGGCUUGCUGCUGGUGACGGCCACAGACAUGGCGGUGCUGUGCGGCAACAACGGGGAGGCCUGCUACGCCAAAUACGGAUCCUACCCCCUGCACAAGCCGUACUGCCACGAGAUGGCGCUGCGCAUCCUGCUGGCCAGCCUGGAGCAGCACGCGGCGCGGCACAAGCGCCACAUCCGCCCCGUCCUCUCCCUCUCCAUCGACUUCUACAUCCGCAUCUUUGUGAGGGUCUACACCUCGGCCGCCGAGGUGAAGAACAGUGCCACCCGGCUGGGCUACGUGUGGCAGAGCACCGGCUGCGACUCCUUCUACUGGCAGCGGGUGGGGCGCAAGGCGGUCAAGGGGGGCGGCAACAGCGUCAAGUACAUGCCAGGCGCGGGCCCCGCGGUACCGCAGCAGUGCCCCGAGACGGGCGCCGGCUUCCAGAUGGGCGGCCCCUUCUGGGCUGAGCCCCUGCACGACCCCGAGUGGGUGGCGGGCCUGCUGGACCAAGUGCGGCGGGACAAGGAGAACCUGCCCGCGUUUGACAAGCUGCACAGCCUGCUGACGACCGUGGGCGAGGAGCUGGGCGACCAGCCGCUCUACCUCAACCUGCACGACAUCUGCAAGACGCUGCGCACCUCGCCGCCACGCUCAGAGGCCUUCCGCUCCGCACUGGUCAACGCCGGGUACAGGGUGUCUGGCACGCACGCCAACCCGCUGGGCAUCAAGACGGAUGCGCCCUGGAGCGUGGUGUGGGACAUCAUGCGCUGCUGGGUCGGGGAGCACCCGGUGAAGACGCCGGCGCCUGGCUCCGCAGCCGAAAAGAUCCUGGCCAAGGAGCCCGAGGUGAAGGCAGACUUCUCGCGGGCGCAGCAGGCGGUCAGCAAGGCCAAACAGAAAGGGGUGGCGCGGUUCCUGCCCAACCCAGGUUUGUCACGCGGCGCUUUCUUUGUUGGCUGCGGUGCGCCGCUGCUCACACCCCUCGCCUGCCUGGCGCCGGCUGCAGAGGCCAACUGGGGGCCCAAGCCGCGGCACGGCCGCCCCGCCAAGCAGCAGCGCUACGAGGAUGGGCUCAAGCAGCAGUCGCAGCCACAGCCGCAGCAGGGCGAGCAGCAGCAAGAGCAGGAGGAGCAGGCUGCUGCGCUUCGCACCGAAGCGGCCGC